GACUGUCCGUACAAUAAGCAUACCAUACCGUCAGCUGUUGUGUGGGUUUACUUAUUUCCCCUCUCUCCUCCCCCUCUAUAUCUUUCUGAUCCUAAGCAAUUUAGGAACGUUGAUGGUAUUGCAGCCAAAAUAGUUUCCAACCAACCACAUUGUUAUUCUGUGUGUGGCACCGUUUUUUCCGAAAGAGUGCUGCCUACCCGGUGCGUCUCCAGCGUUUUCCAUUUGGAAAUAGGGGUAGUCUGUGCGCGCUGGUGAGCAACUAGAGUGACUCAACCAAGUUUCCCUUCUGUUUGAGGAAUGAGUAUACAUACGGUCGGGAGAGGACGAGCCGAAAAGCGCAUGAUUGAAUGAAUAAAAUGCAAAGCAAAGACCUCGACACCGAUUUGGUGGGAAAUGCGUUGCCUGAAGCAAUAUCUCCCCACCCGGCUCAGGACCCAAGCCCCACAAAGGAAGACACUGAGGGGUUGACAAGCCCCUAUAAAACAGGCCCAACCCAGAUAAUGGAAACCUACACGAAAAAGGACAAAGAAAAGAAAGCGGGGACCCACACAAAACUGGACGUCAUCCCGAAGUCACCUGCUACACCGACGUUGCCCAUGCCUGGCUCAAGUCCUAGCCCCAAACCUAAUAAAGACGCAGUGAAGUCAGAGGACAGACAGAAGCUGGCCAAGGAGCGGAGAGAGGAGAAGGCCAAAUAUCUGGACAAGCUCGGCCAGAUACAAGCGGCGAAGAAGUCCCAAUGGCUGGAGAAAGAGGAAAAGGCCCGGCAGCUGAGGGAGAGCCAGCUGGACGAGCGGCGCAGGAAGCUGGAGGAGCAGCGGAUCAAGACAGAGAAACGACGCGCCGCCCUGGAGGAGAGGCAGAAACAGAAACUAGAGAAGAACAAGGAGCGGUAUAAGGCUGCCCUCCAGCGGUCCACGAAGAAGACCUGGGCUGAGAUCCGCCAGCAGAGACUGUCCUGGGCCGGAGGCCUCGGCCAGAACUCUAGCCAGAGAGAAAGCAGAUGCUCGGUGUCGGCGGUCAACCUGCCCAAACACGUGGACUCGGUUAUAAACAAGAGACUCUCCAAGUCCUCCGCCACCCUCUGGACCUCCCCCAACAGAACCCGUAGCCUCCAGCUGAGCCCGUGGGAGAGCAGCAUUGUGGACCGACUGAUGACGCCCACCCUGUCCUUUCUGGCCCGUAGCCGCAGUGUCGCCAGCGUGCUCAGCAACGGUAAAGGCCAGUCGCCCCUAUGCCCUCGUUCGGCCUCGGCCAGCCCGCUGACGCUGUGUGCCCACCGGCCCCACCACCGCUGCUCCGACCGCUGGAGGGUGACGUCCAGCACGCCCGACAUCACCCAGCGCCGACGCGACUCCACGCCGAUAGAGAAGAAAAAGAAAGAGAAGAAGGACAAGGAGCGGGAGAAUGAAAAGGAGAAGAGUGCUCUCAGCAAAGACAAGGUGCUGAAGAAGAGACAGUCCUUACCUAGCAUGAGACACAGACCGGACCCCAGUCCUAGUCCCUUAUCCAGACAGCGGGCUGCCUCACCCGCCACUACUCCUAGAGCAAGACCUUCCUCCUCCUCUCCCAGCCCCGCUGCCUCCCCCAAACCCCCCUCUUCAGCCCGGGCUAGCCCCUCCACCCCCAAGACCCGGCCCAAGAGGGCUAGGACCCCGGCCCGGGUGGACCAUGGGCGCACCUCCUCCCCCGUUCCCCUGGAGAGGGCCAGGGAGACCCGCGGCCGUAGGUCAGCCACGCCCGAGGAGCCCAAAGGCAAGAGCUCCCCCGUUCCUUCAAUCGUGGUAUCCUCCGCUCUGGCCACGCCCCCUUCGCUGAGUACACCAAUCACGACGGCCAGCGCCGCUCCCGCUGAGGUCCCUCCUUCCGCCCAAUCAACCCCCAGUGUCCCUGCAUCGUCCCCAGCCCCAGCCUCCUCAUCAGCCAAGCCCAUGGCGGGCACUAACAACCCAGAGGAGGCCGCCCGGAUCCUGGCCGAGAAGAGGAGGCAGGCCCGAGAGCAGAGGGAGCGGGAGGAGCAGGAGAAACGCGAGCUGGGGGAGAGAGAGAAGGUCCUGCGAGAGGAGCGUAAGCUGCGAGAGGCGGAGGAGAGCCAGCGCAGAGAGGAGGAGGCGCGCCUCAUGGCUGAGGAGCAGCGCCUGAGAGACGAGGCCCAGCGUGUGGAUGAGGAGAAGGAGGCGCAGGAGAGAGCCAGGGCAGAGCAGGAGGAGAAUGAGCGCCUACAGAAACAGAGAGAGGAGGCUGAGGCUAAGGCCAAGGAGGAGGCCGAGAAACAGCGCCUGGACAGAGAGAAACACUUCCUGAAGGAGGAGCAGGAGAGACUGGAGAGGAAGAAGCGUCUCGAGCAGAUCAUGAAGAGGACGCGCAAGACAGACGGCGGGGAAAAGAAAGACACCAAGUCCCCACCUCCCUCUCAAGUCAAUGGCAAAGCGGCCGAGAGCAGCAAAGCCUCUGCUGAUUACCAGCCAAGCCCAGAGAUCAACAAGAACACAGAGAACGACCAUAGUGGUGAGAGAGACAGCUCCACGGUCCAUGUGGUCAACGGUGUCCAGCCAGCCAGUCACGAGAAUGGCCUGCCUAGCAAGGGGGACAACGCACACUUUGAGGAGAUCAUCCAGCUAGCCAAUCAAGGCAAAAGCAGCAAUGGGGGGCGGGAGAAAUCAGAGAGUGACAUGCCCACUGAGCCAAUCCUGGCCUUUGAAAGUGAGGAGCCCUUCCUGAAAAAAGUGGGCCCCAUGAAGCCUCAGCAUGUCGCAGAGGUCCUGUGAGGUGUGCCACUCACGAAGGCGAUUAUUAGGCCCCCCCACCUUCCCGAACCCAGCCUCCGCUCGUAUGGGUAGAGAGCCCCUUUCUUCCCAAAUGGGCACUUUCCCUAUGACAUGUGCCAAACCAAUCACAGACUGCUUUCUAGGCCCCCAAAAACAAACUUUGCCUGGGAAAAGGGCAGAAGAAGAUGAAGAAGCAAAAAAAGACAAGCAAAAUACAAAACAGGAUAUGACAUCAUCGCCACCCGACAGGGUGCAUCAGUGUUCCCAUUUGUAGAUGGUAGAAGAUAUCACAGCAUCAAUUCUUCCAUAACAGUAUCGUCCAUGGUAGAUUUCACCAGUCCUGAGGGGGAAAAAAAUACACAUUUGACACUAAUGAGUAAUUGUUAUUAUAAUGAUGAGUUGAAAGAGAAAUGAAUUGGCUUUUUUGUUUAAUGUUUAGUUUAUUUAAGUUGAAGAGAAAUGUAAAGACUAGGUACAGUUUUAUGUGAAUAAUGUAAAUGAAAACGUGAGCGUUGGACUAAAGGAGGGAGGGGUCUGUGGAAUAAAUAGUGUAUGAAUUUAUGAAAAGGAAGCCCAAUGUUUACUUAACUCCUGCCUUUCAAGGUUUGCCCAGUAACUAAUAUGUAUUGAAAACAUGAUAUGGCCUCUGUAAACAUUUUUUUGUAAAUGUUCUGUAAAUGGAGCUUCCCUGCAAAUAGGUCUCCAAAAUACCGAAGAAGACGUUUGACAACGUUUUGACAAUGUAAGAAUUACAUUGUUGCAGCACAGUGUCAGCUGUCUCCAAGGAGUCCUGUGUCGACAGGUUUUCUGUUUUAGCCGUUCCACUCCUCAAUUAUGAUUGAUUGUACUCUGAAGUGAAUAUAGAAAUGAACAAGGGAUCAGUUGAACGAAAAACAGCACGCACAUGGGUACUCCAGAUUCAGUGAUCCAUUCAGUUUAAUCAGUGUUGAAACGGAAUGUACACAAGGGCAUCCCAUCCCACCAUAUAAAAAAAGUCACCGUGCAGUUGAGUUUUUUUCUAAACCUGAGCAAGAAGCAUGAUACGUUGCCUCCUCCAUUGAGAUUCCACAGAUUCGAAUGAGUUUGAAAAUGAAAUGCUGGUGUGUGUGUAUAUGCUAUAAAUAUAUGUUGUUGUGUGUUAAAGGGUCAGAGGGAGUAUCGGAGUCUUAUUAAAGAGGAAAUUGUUGUCCAGUU